CACACACACACACACACACACACACACACACACACACACCUCCUUCCUAACCUCGCCGUGCUGUGCCUAAUCCCCAUCUAUUCCCAUUUCCCUCGCGGCCGACGUGCCAGAAAGGCUGCGGGCGGCAGCUUUGUGACAAUGUUCUCGCACUGAGAAUCGUAGGAGCAGCCCACCCAUGGCCCAGUCCACCCCUCACUGACUGGAUGUUCUGCAAUCAAGUGGAGCAGAGACUUUUUAGAUGACGGCCGCCAUGGAGAACAACCAUUCCAAGCCUGCCAGCCCAGCACCCAGUCCUGCACCCAGUCCUGCACCGAGUCGGGUGCCCAGUCCGCUGCAGGACCGGAUACCUUUGCCAGCAGGGAACCAUGUUGAGCACCUGAACGUCAACCAGAUCCAGGUGGUGGUACGUCGCUGCUCCAGUCCCAACGUCACCGAGGAAACCACCUAUUUUCUCCCUCGCAACCCCGUGGUGGACGCCGGCACCAACACAGAACCGCCACUCGUCUGCUGCCCCUUGCUCCACAGGUUCUGCCCCUGUCCUCCCAGAGGCCUUGUGGCCUCCGUCUUUACCAAAGUCCUUUUGGCCGCUGUGCUGUUUGGAGUGGUGUGGUCCGUCACGGAGGACGAGUGUCUUCCCGGGGGUAACCUGUUUGGCAUUACCGUGCUUUUCAUCUGCGCAGUCAUCGGUGGCAAACUGGUGUCUCUCAUCCACUUGCCCAGGCUUCCACCCUUGCCUCCCCUCCUUGGCAUGCUGCUGAUGGGUUUCACGCUGAGGAACAUCCCCGUCAUCACAGACGGCGUGUACAUUAACUUCAGGUGGUCGGCCUCCCUCAGGAACAUCGCCUUGGCCGUCAUCCUGGCCAGAGCCGGUCUGGGUUUGGAUCCCUCGGCUUUGAGGAAACUGAAGUCGGUGUGUCUGCGUGUGGCCAUGGGACCCUGCAUCAUCGAGGCCUGCACCAUCGCUCUGGUCUCUCACUUCCUGAUGGGCUUGCCCUGGGUGUGGGGCUUCAUCCUCGGCUUCGUUCUGGGCGCCGUGUCCCCAGCCGUGGUGGUGCCCUCCAUGCUGCUGCUGCAGAAGGACGGUUACGGGGUGGAGCAAGGCAUCCCCACCCUGCUCAUGGCGGCGGGCAGCUUCGAUGACAUCCUGGCCAUCACCGGCUUCACCACCUGCUUGGGCAUGGCCUUCGCCUCAGGCUCCACUUGGUACAACCUCUUGAGGGGCGUGCUGGAGGUGGGCGGCGGUCUCCUGGCUGGAAUCCUGCUGGGCUUCCUCAUUCAGUACUUUCCCAGCCUGGACCAGAAACACUUAGUGAUGAAGCGAUCCUUCCUGGUGCUCGGCCUCUCCGUCUUUGCUGUGUUUGGCAGCGGUGUGGCGGGCUUUCCCGGCUCCGGAGGUCUCUGCACACUCGUACUGGCAUUCCUCGCUGGUCUUGGAUGGGGUGCAGAAAAGGCGCGUGUGGAGGAAGUGGUGGGCUGGGCGUGGGAUAUUUUUCAGCCACUUCUCUUCGGCCUCAUCGGAGCGGAGAUACGAGUGUCGGAGUUGGAAGGACAAGUAGUUGGUCUGGGUAUAGCCUCCCUGCUCAUUGCCCUGCUGGUUCGACUCCUCUUCACCUACGUCUGCGUGCUGUUUGCCGGCUUUAACGUACGAGAGAAGGUGUUCAUUGCGCUCGCGUGGAUGCCCAAAGCCACAGUGCAGGCGGCUAUCGGCUCCACAGCUCUGGACACGGCCCGGACCAAGCAGGACCCGGAGCUGCAGAAGUACGGCAUGGACGUGCUGACCGUGGCCGUGCUCGCCAUCCUCCUCACGGCGCCCGUGGGAGCUCUUAUCAUAGGCCUGUGUGGUCCUUGUCUGCUGCAGAAACCAAAGACCUCCGCCUGUGGUGAGCGAGUCAAACCGAAUGUAUCCGCCUUUUUCUUAGGUUCGGCGGCCGGUGGCGAUGAGGACGAGGAGACACCGGUGACCUAUGAAAGCACGCUCUGACAUCAAGGAUCUGCGUGGGGAGGGGGUUUGUUUUUGCCAGCAAAGCACUAGUCUAGGACUACGUUCACACUGCAGGGUAGCAUGUCCAGUUCCGAUUCUUUUCUCAAGUCCCAUCUUUUUAUGUAAUCGUCGGCAAUACAAAAAUAAAAUAAAACGGGAGGUCUAAUGUGAACUCGCUCUGACCCGCAUGGAGCUAAACAAGACUUCAAUUCUAGAACUCCUGGCAAUUUCAAUGAUUUUGUGCAAUCAGUCAACAUUUUAUGAACCAAAAUGCGGUAAAUUCUGGACUAUAAGCCGCUGCUUUUUCUCUUACGCUUUGAACUGUGCGGCCUGUAAAUCGGUGUGGCUAAUUUAUGGAUUCAGGAUGCCCUAUUAUCGUCCAUUCUUUAACAUGUACAAAACAUAAGAACUGAAAUGACAUUUUCGGACUAAGAGCAGACAUACGUUGCAGGAAGACAAGAACAGAACCGCCAACGGAUCAGCCACUUAUGCUCCUUAAAAAAGGUGGAAAAAAGGUGAUAUUGGGAAAGGGAGGAAGAGUUUAAAAUAUCAGUCAAAGGCUGGACCCUCGGGAGGGGGUCCAGACUGAGUCCAAGGGGAAAAAAAAACUAAUUUGCCAUAACACACAUAAACAUGUUACAUAUAAUGUUACAUCUUCGUGGCAUCGUGCGCAAGGGGUGCUUCUUCCAAGAUGCAGUCGGACAAUGACACGGCGUACAGGUAAGAAAACAGAUUUAUUUAACUACAAACAGACUAAUAACAAAGAAACACUGGUGCUAAGGAAAAAGGCAAACAAACAUCUACUAGCGUGUGAGCUAGGGAAACAGAAGGUGGCUAAGCGCGAAAGCAUUAGCGAGUAAACACUUCAGAACACAAAGAGGCUAGGCGUGGAAGCUAGCAAGCAUCAAAACGUAUUAUUACCAAAGUCAGGAGUCCACGAAAACAUCAAAGAGUGUAGCAAACUUGACGAGACCAGGACGAGUAAAUGAAACAGGUCGGUGAAUAUAGAGUCGCUAAUCAAAACCAGGUGUGCAAACCAAGGCAGGUGCACAAAUCAAGUCGCCAUGGUGACAAAAACAAACCAGGAAGUGUACAAACUAAGACUCGGAUGCGUCCAAGAAUCAAGAAGAUAAACACAAAUUACUCAAAACCAAAUAAUGUAAGAUACGAGCGGCGGGGAUCUUAACAUAUAAUCACAAAAACUCGCAACAGAUGUGGGGUGACGGGGAGUUCGAGCGCUACUCAGCUGUCCAUCACUGCAGAGGGGAAUCAAGCGGCGGUGACGGUGUUGGGUGAGCCAAAUUGAAUUCUGUCUCUGUUUGAUUCCUUGCUUCUUGUCUCGUUGAAUAGACGUCAUCGGUGUUUGAACCUGACAGAUGCCGACCAAAAUUUUACUGGGUAUCUGAAAGAAAAUCAGUGGGCUGGCAUGAAACUACCUCAAAUAUUGGCUCCAAGUAUCUGUGAUCGGCCUCCUAGACUACUGAAUGAUCUCUUGCAUGAUUGUGACCCGAUAAGCCUUGAUACAAAAAAGGUGGGAUUUGAAAAAUGUGGAUUUGCACUGUUCACAUUGACAUGAAAAAAUCGGAUGGAGGUCAUACGGGCAAAAAAAAAGAAGCUUGAUUUGACCAAGCAGUGUGAACAAGACUCUGUUUACUCUUUGGACCCCAAGUGUAGGGAACAUGAAAUGUUAUAUUUAUGUUUUUUUUUUGUUGUAAAACUAACUGAAACCUCUUAAAGUAGAGGUGUCUGAAGUCACUGGAGCAGGUUGUUUUCCUUGAAAAACUGUAUUUAUUUUCUCAUCACCAACAUGGAUUUGGACUGAGUGUGUUUAAUCCGGAAGAUACAGUGUCCAGUGUGUGAGUUGUCCUCUCAGCCUGCUUUGUACUCUCCUGUGGAUGGUUGUGUAUUUGUAGCCGGCAGGUGACUUCCAGGUCUCCCAGCACCAAGUCCUGCCCACACCCCAGCGUGGGACUGGAACACAUGGACACGUACCAAAGGUAGUUUCCAGUUUCAUAUUUGUUGGUUAGCGUUUUCAUUUGAUAACAAAAGACUUAUUGUGGUGCACGUCUUGUAACGUGGGAACAGAAGAUUGCUGGCUAGAAUUAUUAUUUAGUCCUAUUUUUAUAUUCAACACCUCAGGAAAAAGGAUAUUUAUGUGAACUACAUGUUCCUUUUGAUUUUAGAUAUUGCUCACUCUUAUUCUUUUGUUUGCCAUUUUUAUUGUUAUUUUUUUCCGUACAUUAUUUAUGUCUUAAAGAUGCAGUGUGACGUGAGAUGAUCGAUGUGCUUAAAGAAUCCAAUGCAAAGUAUUUGUGUGCAGUAUUAGAGAGUAUGGAAAAUAUGUAGGAGUGACAAUUAGUUUUUUAAUCAAAAAAUUAUUUAAAUAAAAAAACAUUUAAAACA